AUGAAGCGAAAGAGGUCGGAGAGAAAGUUAAACAAGACUGGAUUAUCCUCAGUGUCUGCGGACAAUAAUUUUCAAAGGUCAUUGACUCCUAUAAAAAAUAAGCACGGCCCUCCAGACCAGCUCCCACAGCUGCAGCAUUGGCAUCAACUUCCCAUUCCAACCGUCUCCGUGUCUGAACAUCGCGGUUCCCUGGAGGCCAAUCGACACUCUUUUCGCCCCUCGGUUCUUGCUUUACAACAAAGGCGCAACUCCUUUUCCUGUCCUAUAUCCAGCAUUCAAUCUUGUUCUCCACAGACCCAUUCCAGCAUUCCUCUAUCACACGGAAAUGAUGCCUUAAAUUACAGACGACCGAACUUCUGUAAUGCCGCCCAGAACAUCUUAUGUCAACAAAAUAAUAGUGACGUAGCCGAAAGAACUCAGCAAUCAGUAAUAAUGGAAGCGGCCAUCAUGAUAGCGACAGAAGCGAUCAAAUCUUAUGGCAAUCAGCUAAUAGCCGCUAGCCUGCAGGCACCAAUGUCUGACAACAGAUUCCCCUUAGCGCCAUCAAGCCAAACAGCACGAUCCUCUCAAUCAUUUCAAUCGAUUUGGCCGUCGCAAGGACAGAAUGCUAUUUAUCCUACUCCUAAUUCUUCAAGUCCGAUCUUUCCCAGUUUUUCGGGCCCGGCCUUCCCUGUGUGCUCGCCUCAAACCUGGUCACCAGCCGCUCCACCAAUUAAGACUCGGUCUCUGACCUGGCUGCCUACAUCGUUAGACGAUUAUCAGAUGCCGCCCUGGCAAAAUAGUCAGAAACCUGAUCCACGCUGGCCUUACUGUAAAUGGGCCAGUCUUUAUUGA